AUGACUGAUGCAAAAGACGGCGUUUCACUGUUCGAUCACGCGUCUGGCACUGCCGCUGCUCCCGCUCUUGACCGCUCACAGUGGCAGACUCGCGAUGCUGCUGCGCGCCUCGCUAUUCGCAACCAUUUGCCGAUCACUGAGCGCGCGCAUUUUAGCCAGCACAAGACUGCUAAGGCACUGUAUGACGCUGUAGUUGCGCGCUAUUCGUCCCCAGCCACUGCAGCCGUAGGUCGUCUCAUCCUGCCCUACCUAUUCCCUGACCUCUCCUCGUUUGCCACCGCUGAGGACCUUAUCUCUCACCUCCGCACUAGUGACGCUCGCUUUCGUGCCGCCCUUCCAGACGACUUCCUCGCCCAGAACCCCCCCCCGUUGUACUUUACCCUCUACAUCCUCGUCACCCGCCUCCCUGACACUCUCAGUUCAGUCAGGGACCACUUCCUCGCCAAAGACCCUACCACUCUCACUCUAGCCGACUUCGAGCAGCAGCUCCUAGCAGCAGAAAAGAACAUCCUCGCUGUAGGUGCUGCUCGUGGCACUCCUCGCACUCCCCUCUUUGAGGGGUGCUCCCCCUCCCCCCUUGCCCCCUCCUACGCCUCUGCUGCUGCUGCCGUCGACCUCCUCGGUGCUGAGAAGGUCGCAGCUGCUUCCGCUCCUAGUGGGAAGCGCAGCGGCACCAAGGGCGGCGAAGGGUUGCAAGGGUGGUGGAGCGGUGGAGGAGGCAGCGGCGGUGGUGGGGGCGGAGGCAGCGGUGGUGGUGGCGGAGGUGGGGGCUGGAGUGCGGCCGGCCCGAAAGGAGGCUCCAGUGGUGACCAGGGGCAGCAGCAGCAGCCACAGAAGAAGCAGCAGCAGCAGCGUCAACACCAGACGCCCACGUCUCAGCAGCUUCAUGACUGGUACGCUCAGCGUGGGGCGUCUGGGGUUGCUGGUCGCUGCCCCUAUGUCAUUCGUGCCGACCUGCUUAGGCGUGAUGUUCCUAUCUUUGAUCUUGACUAUGAUGCAAUCCUUGCUGCCAUGUAUGCAUUGACUGUUAGUGCUGAGGGUGACUGCUACUUGUGUGUCCCGCCUGACCCAGGUAUAGAGACUGCAGCCCUAGGUGCUAGUGAGUCUGCUCUCUCUGGUAUUGCGCCUGCUGAGGCCUUGCACACCUUCACACUUGACUCAGUGCUUGCACGGUCCAGUACUGUGCUCCCGUGUCCGGCGGUCCCGUCCGGUGAGCUGUCAGGUCUCCACAUCCCCUCGUUCUCUACGAACCUGGUGAGCAACGCCGUCCUUCAGGAUCAUUGGGUUGACACCUUUACUCCUGGUUGA